AUGGCAUCCAAUCUACCACCAAACGUCCACAUCUCCAAGCACCCUUGCCUACGCGCAAAGUUGUCUCAAUUGCGUUCCAAGUCGACCAACGCGCGGGACACCAAGGCACUCGUCCAUGAGAUAGCCUUACUGCUGGGCACUGAGGCUCUAUCGCAGCUCCAUCUUGAGCAAUCUGGCACGGAUGAGACACCCAUCGGAUAUGAAUAUGCUUUCGAAACUAUAGAUUGCAGCAAGAUUACCCUUGUGCCAAUUCUUCGGAGUGCUGUUCAAACCAUUCUUCCUGCACCAGUGUCUGUACACCAUCUCGGCCUCUUCCGCGAGAAGUUGACCUUGCAACCUGUCGAGUACUACAACAACCUGCCUCAAUCCCAAGCCAAAGUUGCCAAAUUGGCCAUAAUCGUGGAUCCAAUCAUUGCGACCGGUCAGACCUGUGUUGCUGCUAUUCAGUCAUUGAAAGAAUGGGGGGUUGAGAAGAUUAUUGUGUUGAGUGUGCUAGGCGCAGUUCCUGGUGUGACUACCGCCGCAGAAGAAUGGUCGGAAGGGACUGACAUUUGGGUGGGAGGCUUGGAUGAAGGCUUAACCGACAGAGGCAUGAUCAAGCCUGGGUUGGGCGACAUCGGAGACCGACUCUUCCUGACACUUGGGAAAUGA